UUGUGGGGAUUGUAGGCGGCAACUUGACAGCGUUGUCUUUCCUGUCCACCAUGGAGGACGGUAAUGAGAGUCCACAUGGCAGCACGUCGGAACCAGAGGAGGACAGAUGCUCAGAAGAAGAUUUUGGUCCUUCAAAGCUUGGAACGAAAGAGUAUUGGGAAGAUGCCUAUGAAAAGGAACUUGAGACAUUUAAAGACAUUGGGGACGUUGGAGAAAUAUGGUUUGGUGAGGAGAGCAUGAGCCGUGUACUCCGGUGGAUGGACAAAGCAAAGAUAGCAGAAAAUGCUGCCAUCCUUGAUAUUGGCACUGGAAAUGCAGUCUUCUUAGUUGAACUGGCUAAACAUGGAUACAAAAAUCUGAUGGGUAUCGAUUAUUCUGCAGCUUCUGUGGAACUGGCCAGAAAUGUUCUGCUUGCAGAGGACUUGAUGGAUGUGACUGUUAAGGAGAUGGAUUUCUUAAAUGGUCAAGGGGAGCUGAAGGGGUUUGACGUGUGCAUUGAUAAAGGGACAUUUGAUGCAAUAAGCCUGAACCCAGACAACGCAAAAGAGGGUAAAAGACUCUAUGUUGAAGCUCUAAAAGAUGCUCUAAAGGAUAAAGGAUUCUUUAGUAUUACAUCAUGUAACUGGACCAAAGAACAGCUACUAGAAAGAUUCAGUGAAGGAUUUGAAUUUGUAGAAGAACUACCGACACCCAGUUUUAAGUUUGGAGGCAAGAGUGGCAACAGUGUGACAGCUCUUAUUUUUAAGCGUGUACUUUGAUUCGUGCAUCACCGGAGGAUAUUUUUUAUUUUUGUCUAGUUAUUCUUUUUCUGUGUCCUCAUCAGAAGUCAUCCAUCUUUGUAUUUCAAGAUUUUUGUUAAUACAGGACAUAAAUAUUAUUUGUGUAAGCUAUAUUGCCGUUGAUUGGAACAGGUCUUUGACUCUGAAUAAAUGUAUAUCAUCACAUGUAUCUGUGGCGUUACUUUUAUAUAUGAAAACUUAUCUGAAUGCUUUUUGUUAAAUAUACUGCUAGUGUGUGUCUAGUAGUUACGUUAUAGACUAGUAUGUUUCUUUUCGAAGAAUGCCGCCUUUAAGGCACUUUCAGCACACAGGAAUAUUGUUUAUUUUACUUAGUUUCAGAAGUUAAUUUCCAUGAUUUGAUCUAAAAACUCAGUUAUAAAAUCUCAUAAACUAAUUGCUGAAACAGAAAUUCAAUUAAAUUUUUAUUAGGGUAUUAUGAAA